UUCAUUUUUCUGUAUCUCUCUCUAUUUCUCUCUCUCUCUCUCUUUAUAUAUCUCUUUCUAUCUUCCUGUCUUCCUUCCCUCCCCUCUCUCUCUCUAUCUCUUUCUUACCUCUCUUCUUAUUUCUCCUACUGACAAACCCGUCAGACAAAACGUGGAAUAUCAUCCGUCCCGCUAACCUUCAGGAUCUAGACGUGGCCGAAAACAAGAAGCCAUCUCUCCUCGAGUAUUUCUUACAGGAGAAGCGAUAUCGUUAGCAUCUGGGAGCUUUUAUCGGCUGAUGUGACGAAUAUAGAAGAAGUAUAGUAGUCGGUGAUGUCUUCUUGGUAGAAAGAAAACAAAAAAAGAAAAAAGAAAAGCAAGAAAUAAAGAAAGAAAGAAGGAAAGGAAGGAAGGGAGAAAGGAAGGAAGACAGAAGAAGACCGAAAAAAAGAAGAAAAAGAAAAAAAAUAAUCAAGGAGAAGAAGGAGGAAGAAGAGAGAUUGGUGAGGCGAUAGAUGCACCGAAGAGAAGAGGGAAAAAAGGAGGUGGUGGUCCUGGCGCAGCGAAGGCAGCAUCGUUUUCUUUGUCGUCGAAGUGGUGCCGGUAGUAUCGGUAGUGCUGGUGCUGUUGGUGCCGUUGGUGGUGGUGGUGCUGAGUAAGAAGAAGGACGUCGUCUUUGAAGGAACGACCUGGAGCGGCGGGCGGAGGGGGAGGUGGAGGUGGAGGAGGAGGAGACAUCGUCCCUCCCUCCUGGAGCCGGAGGAGGCAUGAGGAGGAGAGAACGGAGGAGGCUCUGAGGCUCGCCGCUGAAGACAAGGAUGGCUCCGCUCUUCGCCGCGAGCACUCUCGCGGGCGUACUCCGCCCUCUGCUCGCGCUUCUGCUCGCGCUUCUGAUCGGCUGCCCGCGAGCUAUACAUGCGGAACAAGUCGUUCUCCUGGACACAACGACGGAGGCGAAGCUCGAGUGGACGAGGUAUCCCUAUGGACCGCAAGCAAGCACUCCUGGCUGGGUGGAAGAGUCAUUCACAAACUUCGACAAGGGCAUCAAUUGGCGGAGUUACGUCGUCUGCGACGUUGCUUACAACAACGUGAACAAUUGGCUCUGGACGCCGUUCAUCGAGAGGGGUCCGGCGAAUCGCAUGUACAUAGAAAUCAAAUUCACGACACGAGACUGCUCGUUGUUCCCUGGAAAUGCUCUUAGCUGCAAGGAGACAUUCAGUCUUCUCUACUACGAGUUUGACGCUGCUACGAAAGAGCCACCACCAUGGGAGCCGGACAGUUAUAAACUCAUUGGACGAAUAGCCGCUGGCGAGGGUAGAUUCAACACGAAUACGGAAGUGGUGAUUAACACCGAAAUAAAAUCCGUACCAGUUACGAAGAAGGGCGUGUACUUUGCCUUCCGUGAUCAAGGUGCCUGCAUCUCGCUUCUCGCUAUAAAGGUUUAUUAUAUUAGCUGUCCGGAAAUCUCGGUGAACUUCGCUCAUUUUCCGGCGACACCAACCGGCCGCGAAGUUGCCUUGGUCGAACAAACGAUCGGCACCUGCGUCGCGAAUGCCGUUAAGAUCGAGACACCGACGUUCCUUUGCAAGGGUGAUGGUAAAUGGUAUCUACCAAGUGGUGGAUGUCAUUGCAAACCUGGUUACCAAGCGGACAUUGAAAAGCAGCAGUGCAUCGAGUGUCCAAUCGGUAGAUUCAAGCACGAGGCUGGACCCCACAACUGCGAGCUGUGUCCUACUCAUAGCAAAUCGACCGAUCAGGCUGUCACCGAAUGCCGAUGCGAUGCCGAUUAUUACAGAGCUACUGAUGAUCCCAAGAAAAUGCCUUGCACGCAACCACCGUCGGCGCCUCAGAACUUAACCGUCAAUUUUGUGGACCAAUCGACGGUGAUCCUUUCGUGGAACGCACCGCACAAACUCGGUGGUAGGACCGACACAACGUAUAGGGUCGUUUGCGAUGCUUGCAGUAUGGGUGUCAAAUAUAUACCUAACACGGAGAUCUUCAACGAUACGAAAAUCACGAUCACUGGCUUAAAUGCUGUCACGACUUAUCGUUUCCAAGUGUUCGCCGAAAAUGGUGUGUCCGCACAGGCUGGUAAGUCGGAAUACGUGGACAUCACGGUCACUACCGAAGCGAGUGUACCGAGUUUGGUGAGCAAUGUUAGAAUCACGAGCGUCAAAAGUUCCGAGCUGAGCAUUAGUUGGGAUGCACCGGUCACGGAAGUAGGUGGGGAUAGCGAUCACGUCGAGAGAUACGAAGUGAGGUGUUAUCCGCGCUUCGACGAUGCCAUUAACGCCACUGUGAUCCAAACUUCAGAUCUCUCUGCCACGUUUAAAGGCCUAAAACCAGCAACGGAUUACGCGAUUCAGGUUCGAGCUAAAACCACACGUGGCUGGGGCGAAUAUACUCCUGUUAUCUACAAAAAGACACCGCAUGCGAUGGGACUCGAUUAUGUCGGAGAAGAUGACAAUAUGCAAGUCAGAAUAAUUGCCGGUGCAGUAGUUGCAGUUGUCGUCCUUCUUGUUAUCAUCAUCGUCAUGACCGUUCUCUUCCUGAGAAGAAACCCUUUACAUUUAAACCCAUACGCUUCACUCGACUCGACUCAUAUAAUGCAAUUUCGAUGCAGCAGGGCCUCAGACGAGUGUAACAAGAAACAGCCGAGCGAUUGCGACACCUUGGAAUACAGAAACGGCGAAGGACUAGUUGUGACCUACAUGCACUGCAAAAUGGACAGUUCACCGAUUGUGACAACCCACACCAACAACAAGAGCAAGUCGUCGCUGACGACGCCGCUGUUCACGCCUGCAGUGGGAGUAACCGGAGCGGGUGCUGGAGGUACAGGUGGAACCGGUGCUAGAAGCUACGUUGAUCCUCACACCUACGAAGAUCCAAAUCAGGCUGUUCGAGAAUUUGCUAGAGAGAUUGACGCUGGAUAUAUCACGAUAGAGGCCAUAAUCGGUGGUGGUGAAUUCGGAGACGUUUGUCGUGGUAAAUUGAAACUACCACCGGAUGGUCGAACUGAAAUCGACGUGGCCAUAAAGACACUGAAACCUGGCUCUGCUGACAAAGCACGGAACGACUUUCUAACGGAAGCCUCGAUAAUGGGUCAAUUUGAGCACCCCAAUGUGAUAUUCCUUCAGGGUGUCGUGACAAAGAGCAAUCCAGUGAUGAUCAUCACCGAAUUCAUGGAGAACGGAAGUUUGGACACUUUUCUUCGAGCGAACGACGGUAAAUUCCAAGUGCUUCAGCUGGUCGGUAUGUUACGUGGUAUAGCCAGUGGUAUGCAGUAUCUCGCUGAAAUGAAUUACGUUCAUCGUGAUCUCGCGGCAAGGAAUGUCCUAGUGAAUGCUGCUCUGGUUUGUAAGAUAGCUGAUUUUGGACUGAGCCGAGAGAUUGAAAGCGCGACAGAGGGCGCAUAUACGACCAGGGGCGGUAAGAUUCCGGUACGAUGGACAGCACCAGAGGCAAUAGCAUUCCGUAAAUUCACUAGCGCCUCCGACGUCUGGAGUAUGGGCAUCGUUUGUUGGGAAGUCAUGUCCUACGGCGAGAGACCAUAUUGGAAUUGGUCCAACCAAGAUGUGAUAAAGUCGAUCGAAAAAGGAUACAGACUUCCAGCACCGAUGGACUGUCCCGAAGCAAUCUAUCAGUUAAUGCUCGACUGUUGGCAGAAAGAACGAACUCAUCGGCCUACCUUCGCCAAUCUUACUCAGACAUUGGAUAAACUCAUACGAAGUCCGGAUACUUUGAGGAAAAUCGCCCAGAACAGUGUUCUUGACAGGGGCACCAAUCCACUGGCGCCGGACGCGGUGGACUUGACGCAGUUGACCUCGGUCAGCGAGUGGUUGGCCUCGAUCAAAAUGUCUCGAUAUGCUGAAAGUUUCGAGAGGGCAGGAGUGACCACGUUGGAGGCAGCAGCUCGCGUUACCGUUCAAGAACUCACCGCACUUGGUAUAACCCUGGUCGGUCAUCAAAAGAAGAUCAUGAACAGUGUGACGGCGUUAAGAGCGCAAAUGUCCGCCACGUCGCAGAGCUUUCUCGUUUAGGAAAGGAAAAAAUGGAGGGAAAGAAAGAAGGGUAAAAGAAAGAAAUCAAACUUUUCGGUAGAGAAACGAGAGUGUCUCGAUCGUCCUCCUGCAUGAAAGCAGGAAUUUUCAGCUUUCUAUAAACGACAGGUCUGGAUCAUGGACAUCCUCUCAAAGAGGAUAGCAAACUUUUCCUCUUCGUCUCGCGAGCGUUCAUGAAAACGAAGUCAAAGUCGAGUGAUAACGAGAGACAACUUCCUCUUUCUCUCGACGGAGACCUGACAUUUUAAUUCUCGAUAUUAGAAUUAGGAAGACAUUCCAGCGAGUAGUCCCGCUUGAAAAAAAAAUAUAAGAAAGAAAGAAAA